UUUUUUUCUUGGUGUUUUUUUUUUUUUUGGGGUGUGCUUCCUUUCAAAUCCUACUUCCCUUUCACUCUCUGUUUUGAAUUUGCUUUGAACUCUUGAGAGGUCUCUUUCUGUCUAGAAACUUUACUCUCUCCAAAUCUGGCAAGUGGGUCUUGUUUUCUUGUAAUUAUUUUCUCCCAUUCUCCUGAGGAACUUUGUUUUUCUGAGUAAAAAUACUACAAACGGAAGAAAGAGGUCUUGUGAGAAACAAAUCUACAAAAGAAAUUUAAAGAAAGAAAAAAAGGCAAAGAAAAGAGAGUUUGGUUAUGAGGUGGCCGCCGUUCAAAAUGGGCCGUACAGAUCGGGAGAGACUUGUCUGGAUUUUGUUUGGGCUGAUGACAGUUUUCUCAGUGCCUAUGUGCCGUGGGACGACAAACCCUAGCGAUGUUAACGCAAUAAAUAGUUUAUAUUCUGCUCUUGACUUCCCACUUCUUCCUGGGUGGAGUUCGUUGGGAGGAGACCCAUGUGGAGAUGGUUGGCAAGGUGUACAAUGUGUCAAUGCCAACAUAACCGGAAUAGUUCUCAAUGGCGCGAAUUUGGGCGGUGCACUGAGCAAUGACUUGGGAGAUUUUUCUGCUAUCAUACAAAUAGAUCUGGGCAACAAUCGUAUUGGCGGUAGUAUUCCAUCCAGCUUGCCCAUUACCAUCAGAAGCUUUUUUCUUUCAGGUAACCAAUUCACCGGAAGCAUCCCAGCCACUUUGUCGACAUUAGGUCAAUUGACGGACUUGUCAUUUAAUGAUAAUCAUCUUACCGGGGGAAUCCCAGAUGCCUUUCAGACGCUUACGGGUUUGAUAAAUUUGGAUCUGUCCAGUAACAACUUGAGUAGCCAACUACCGCCUUCUAUGGGCAGCUUGUCGUCUCUCACUACACUGCACUUGCAAAACAAUCAACUCAUUGGGAGACUUAAUGUGUUACAAGAUCUUCCCCUAACAGAUCUGGACAUUGAAAACAACCAGUUCUGGGGCCCAAUACCGGAUAAGUUGCUUAACAUUCCAAAUUUCAGGAGAACUGGAAACCCCUUCAACACUUCUGUUAUCCCAUCACCCCCUGCCUUGCCUCCUUUGCCACCACCAUCCAGUCCUCCAUCUCCAUCUGGUGCAUCCGGUGCUUCAUCUCCUUCGGGUGCUCCAUCUCCAACUGGUGCUACAUCUCAAUUGACUCCAGGAAUACAAGCUCUUGGACCGUCAGCACCCGGAACACCAAACUCUUCAACGGGAUUGAAGUCUUUGACAACUAAUAGGGUCACUUGGAUUGCUAUUGCAGGCCUUAUAAUUUGUGCAGUGCUUGGCUUAACACUCUGCUUUUGUGUGCCUAAAUGCUGCAAAAGAAGUCAACCAGCCAGUGAAAUUGCCAAGAGUCGUGAAAUGGAUGCAUAUAAUUACACCAAAGCACAACCUAAGAUUGACGAAUCAUUCUCAAAGUUAUAUAGCCCUAUGGAGAAAGGUCAUAGUGAUGCAGGUUUGAGGCCACCCAUUGGACAUGGAAAAGAUUUGCGGAUAAAACCGGAGGCUGAAAAGAAGAAUAUAAAGACAAUGACUUCAAUUUCAAAGCACAAGGAAGAUCAUGAGAUAGAUAUGACACUGUUGGAUGUAGAUAUUCUUGCCCUGCCGCCACCCCCACCUCCUCCCCCAUUUCUUUCGGUUGACAAGGUUACUGUAAACCCAAUUUUUGCCCCUGUAACCAUGACAGGGCACUCUAACAGGACUCCAAACUCUGUACGGUCCUUCACCAUAGCAUCUCUUCAACAAUUUACCAAUAGCUUUUCUCAAGCAAAUCUUAUUGGAGGCGGCAUGCUUGGGACCGUAUACAGAGCUGAACUUCCUAUUGGAAAGCUACUAGCGGUCAAGAAACUCGAUGCUGCAGUUUGCAGGAAGCAGAGCAAUGAAGAUUUUCUUGAGCUGGUGUCUGCUGUCUCCAAGCUUCAACACCCUAAUGUAGUUGAGCUUGUGGGUUAUUGUGCUGAACAUGGUCAACAGUUACUUGUGUUUGAGUAUUGUGAAAAUGGAACGCUUCAUGAAGCUUUGCAUUUGGAUGACGAAAUCCAUAAGAAGCUAUCAUGGAACACUCGCAUCCGCUUGGCUCUUGGAGCUGCAACAGCCCUGGAGUAUCUUCAUGAAGUUUGUCAACCCGCCAUUGUGCAUAAAAAUUUCAAGUCUGCCAAUAUCCUCCUUGAUGAUAAGCUUGUAGUACACAUCUCAGAUUGUGGUUUGGCUCCUUUAAUAUCAUCUGUCCACAUAAGUCAGAUGUCAGGUUAUGGUUAUGGUGCCCCAGAGGUUGAGUUGGGAAGUUAUACUAGCAUGAGUGAUGUCUACAGCUUUGGAGUGGUUAUGUUGGAGAUCUUGACAGGGCGAAAAUCUUAUGACAGGUCGCGGCCUCACGGGGAGCAACAUCUAGUUAGAUGGGCAAUUCCUCAACUUCAUGAUAUAGAUGCACUAUCAAGGAUGGUUGAUCCUUCUUUAAAUGGAGCAUAUCCUUCAAAGUCUUUAUCACGCUUCGCUGAUAUAAUUUCCCUAUGUCUUCAGCCUGAACCAGAGUUUAGGCCACCUAUUUCCGAAAUUGUCCAGAACCUUCUAAACAUGGUCUAGCAAAAUCACUUGCCAAAGACUGCAAUGGAAUCGAAGUCAACUAUGAGAGGUGAACUCCGGAUGUUAAAUCAAAGUAUGGUGAUUCUGAGGGCCUCUUCGGAACUUGUUGGUUGCUUGUAAUGUGUGUGCUAACCCUGAUGUUUCGAUUAAUUCUUUGUAUGUUUAGAUAUUCCAAAUUCGGUUUGUAGAAUGGCAAACUGUAAUAUAUCGAAAUUGCCGUGUUCUCAUAGUAUUCUUUUUCUUGUUUAUUUGUGCUGGUUUUCAAAUUUUGUAUUUGUGAAACCUGGUUGAAUGUUUUUUUGAUCUCAACCUGGCUGUAUGUUGAGUUCAAUGUAUGCUAUGGGGAAUGUAUUGGUUGAGACUUGAUUUC